GAUUGACUAGGACUCGCGUUAACCGCUUAAUCCUUAAUUGCUAAGGAUUUUAGCUAUUCACCCCGCUUUGGUUUUCCCUCCGCGAUGAGGCGUGUCGCAUUUUUCAACCUUCCCUGGGAGAUAACUUCACCACCUGCCGAGCCCCCCGCCCCUUAAUUUUUGGCUGGUUUGCAACAGCUGCUGUCUUUCUAGGCGCCGAUCGCAGCUGCCGUUUUGCGACCUCUAAAGCGCGUUGCUGUUAUUAUCGCUGGCUGGGGAGUUUGUCCUGCUUGGCUCGCCGUUCGACGGUGGGAGGGCAGGGGGCAGGCUGAGAUGGGAGAAGGCAUGUCCAAACGACUGAAGGUGCAAUUGGGAAGCGAAGCGGAGAUGGAGGAGAGGUCGUUCAAUAACCCCUAUCCAGAUUAUCAACCUCAUGGAAGCACCGCCUCGGGCAGCAGUACUUUGCCUACCCCCAGUGACUCGGAAGGCAAUCGAUGCAGUUCGGCUUCGCCCCAACGAGAUGACUCCCUCCCCUUCGAGAGCGACGGGCAGACCAGCUCAUAUUUUAAUAAGAAAAUUACAACUAAAAUUAAAGACUUACUGCAGCAAAUGGAAGAAGGCUUAAAAACAGCAGAUCCUCACGACUGCUCUGCAUAUACUGGCUGGACAGGCAUAGCCCUCUUGUAUCUUCAACUAUAUCGUGUGACAAAGGAGCCAACUCACCUACAGAGAUCCCUGGAUUAUGUGAAGAGAAUCCUUCGUAAUCUCAAUGGUAGAAGAGUUACGUUUCUUUGUGGUGAUGCUGGACCUUUAGCAGUGGGAGCAGUUGUGUACCACAAGAUGAAAAAUGAUAGUGAAUCCAAGGAAUGUGUGACCAAACUUUUGCAGCUCCAGAGAAUAGUCCUUGCUUCAGAUUCUGACCUUCCAGAUGAGUUGCUUUAUGGAAGAUCUGGUUACCUGUAUGCUUUGCUUUAUCUGAAUACUGAAAUUGAUCCUGAGACAGUGCCACAAUCAGUAAUCAAAGAGGUUGUGGAAUCCAUCAUUGAAUCGGGGAAAAACUUUUCCAGAGAAGAACGAAAGACUGAGCGUUGCCCAUUGCUGUACCAGUGGCACCGGAAACAGUAUGUGGGGGCAGCCCAUGGUGUGGCUGGGAUUUACUACAUGCUUAUGCAGCCAGCAGCUAAUGUUGAACGGGAGACAUUGAUGGAACUUUUGAAACCAAGCAUUGACUAUGUGCGGCAUAAAAAAUUCCGAUCUGGGAAUUAUCCCUCAUCCUUAAGCAAUGAAACUGACAGGCUGGUGCAUUGGUGUCAUGGGGCACCUGGAGUCAUCCAUAUGCUCAUGCAAGCUUAUGAGGUUUUCAAGGAAGAUAAAUAUUUGAAGGAUGCUAUGGAAUGUAGUGAUGUCAUUUGGCAAAGGGGAUUGUUGAGGAAAGGAUAUGGAAUCUGUCAUGGGACUGCUGGAAAUGGCUACUCUUUCCUGUCCCUCUAUCAUCUUACUCAAGAUAAAAAGUAUCUUUACCGAGCUUGCAAGUUUGCUGAAUGGUGUCUAGACUAUGGUGCACAUGGAUGCCGUAUUCCUGAUCGACCCUACUCAUUGUUUGAAGGUAUGGCAGGAGCUAUCCACUUCCUUUCUGACAUCUUGGUUCCAGAAAAGUCUCGCUUCCCAGCAUUUGAACUUAGUCCCCAAACGAAAGAAAACAAAGAGGAGUGCAACAGCUAAAUGGGAGCUGAAGGUGGUACCAGAGGCAACAUGACUGCCGAGUGCCUAAAGUAUAUUGGAUCAAUGUUGGAGUCUAAACAGCAAGAUGCAAGAAAAUUUUCUUGCUGCCCUUCAAUGGACUGCGUUUAUCAUUCGCGCAUGAAUGAGAGAAUUCCAUACCUUGAUGUUUCCUUAUAAGAGAUAUCUUUAACAGUGACAAAGAGCAAAUUUCAGUUUGUUGGGAUGUUUCUUGUUUGGCUUUCAGUUGUCUCUUCAGGUCUUUCAAGUGUUUGCAUGUUCUUGGUGUUCUCUGUGAUUUUCCUCCUUGUUUGUUGCAAAGCUGAAAAGCAUUCUGUAAUAUCUAGUCCUGUUGUUUUUUCUAUGCAUGACUGUACUAACAACACAGUUCUUUCUGCAGCUGACAAGUACAUGAUGACAAUAGGACCAGUCUGUUGGACACAAUAAAUGAGAGAAGCAGGAAAGGCCAGAUACUCAAGUCACAGAAUCCUUUCGCCAGGAAAUAAAUUCAGAGUUCUAGAGCAUUUUGUUUGCUCCCAUCACAGUACAGCAGUUUUAAAGUCCCAUGUGCUUAAAUUGCCCUGAUCUCAUUUGACAGAAUUUAGAAAUACUCAGUUUCUAGAUGUAUUAUGCCCAACAUUUUUACAGUCAUUGUUUCCUUCCAUAGGGAAUAUUUUUAUGAUUUAUUUCGUCAACACUAUAUUCAUUUCUCUGAAAUGACUGGAAUCUGUGGAUCCAGAUUAUGGGGGCAGUUUAAGUGCACCGCAAUUAAAUAGGAUAACAUAAUUUCCCUCUUUUUUUCUUUAUUAUACUUGUCCUACACCCAGCAAUUCUUGGCUGUGUGGAAAUGUUUCUUUGAAAUUUGUUCAGUUCACACUUUUCUAUUUGGAACAGACUUAUUGCCAAGGGAUAACAUAUGCUGGGUUACUUCUUUGCUGUUGGAUCUAGAUUAUAAAUCUUAGUUUAUGGAGGGGGGAGAGGGACCUACCCCUUUCAUAGUAUUGCAUAUCUGUAUUUGAUUAUUGUGUUUGGCAGACAAUCAAACAAACCAAAGAAAAAAAAUAUUCUCAUUUGGUUUCUCAAUGGAACCUAACUAAUACAUUCUGAUUAAGAAGGCAAUGAUAUAAAUAUAAAAAUAUAUGCAUUGUCAAAAAAACCCCACCACCAUAUAAAUGUCAUUUUUGUCAUUUCAUUUUUUUGAAACUUCAUUUUUUUUGCAUCCUUCCAUUCAAGAGCUACAUAAUUGAGUAGAUCACUUAAAUUGAACUUUCUCAAUAAAUAAAUGGUUACUUUUCAUCUUUAUUAUUUCAAAACUUCUUUAAAAAUCUAAAUAAACAAGAUUUGUAUACCACUUGGAGGGAGAAGACUACUGUUAAAAUUAAUCCAAAACUUUCCAGUCACUGAAAGAUAAACUCCACUCUUUGAAUGGAUAUUUAAAAGAUGUAUCAAACUUUUCUGAUUUUUGUGAUGGCCAUUGUAUUGUUUCUAGUGUAACAUGAAGGGGUAAUUUCACAGUAACAUUUUUUGAAGGAGAGAUGAUGGGCCUGGGAAGAAAAAACUGCUUGCCAAAUAUUUUGCAGUUCAGAUUUUUCAAAAAAAAAAAAAAAAGACAGCAAGAUACAGAACAAUUGAACAAUUAUGUUUGACCUGCCCAUUUGUAAAAACUUGUAAAAACUUGUAAAAUGACAGAUUCCAAAAUUUCCCCAAAAGUCUGACGUGGAAAAUUACUUUUCACUGUUUCUUGAUUGCAUUGCAUUAUAGAUACAUUACUGUGCUUAUUCCACAGGUGUAUUUACCUUAAGGAAAUUUGCAACACAACACCUUAAUAUCAGAAAUGCUAAACUGUACUUCUCCAGCCUGAGACACUUCACGUUUCUCAUGCCAGCUGUGUUUUCUGAGAGUUUAGUUCUAACACAUCUACAAUGAACUAGGCUGGAGAAGAUUUACUAAGUAAUUUCCAUCGUAACUGGCAGCUCAAAUCCUACAAUUGAAUCUUUUAUAUACUUACUGUUACAACAGAGAUCUAUUUCUAAGUGCUUAGAAUUUUUAGACCUGCUUGGAAGAGCAAUUAUCUGACAGAAAUAUAUUAUUGAGAAUUUUUUAAAUAAGGAAAACUGAGUUGUCUUUGAAAACGCUGCAAUUUUUUGAGCUACCAUGUCUGAAUAUUACCUUGUUUUAAAAUGUUCGUAGUUUGCUUCUAAAUGAGUUUGCCGAGAAAUGGGAUUCCCCCAUUUAAAUUUACUGGACUAGCUUCUGACUACUAAACUUAAGUCAGUUAUUAAUCUCAGAACUAGUCAGACUAUUGAUUUUAAACAUAGUUUUAUGGAAGCUUCUAAGAUGAUUUGCUUUACAUCUGAUUUGAAAGUAUGUUGUAAAUUAUUUGUCAACUGAAUUCUGCUCAUGAGAAUUAGCCCUGAAUUUCCUUGCAGGCAAAGUAUAGAACUCACCAUGGUCUUUUGCAGACUUUUAGUUUAAAUCAAUCCUUCCUUUUAUAUGAGGACUUGAACAGACAAGUCCAAGUCAAAAAAGUGAAGUUCUGCCUGUCAACUGUCUAUAAGUGAAAAGACAAAUGUGAGUUGAGUAAGUGGACGUUCAUGAUACUAUGAGUAGUAGGUGGCUGAGAGGUAGACAGUCCAUUUCCAGGAUAUAUACGUUAGGGAAAUUACAGAAAACCAAAAGGAUAAACUGACAUUGGCUAGGAGGACAGAAAUGGGUUGAUUUAUAUCUGCCCUAAGUUGGUACACUACUUAUGUAUUCAUUAUUCAAAGGCGGCUUUUCAGGUCAGAUUCUAUUUGGGCUAUUAAAUAGAUGGAAAUGCA